AUGUCAGAUUUCGAUAUUAAAAAGACUUAUUUGAACUUUUUGGAUGAAGAUUCAGAGAUGACCAUGCCUAUAGCGGCAAUUGAAUCAUUAGUUACUCUAUUAAGAGUUAAACAGCCUUCAACUUCUACAGAAUUGAUUAAACUAUUACAAGAUGCUACAGAGACUUUGAAAAGUUCUAUUCCAAAUGCGAUCUCUUUAUCUGCUGGUUGUGAUUUAUUCAUGAGAUUCGUUCUAAGGAAUACACAUUUAUAUCAUGAUUAUGAAUCAUGUAAACGUCAUUUGGUGGAGAAUGGUCAAUUGUUUUUAGAAAGAUCUAAAGCUUCAAGAGAUAAGAUUGCAGAAUUUGGUACAAGAUUCAUUACAGAUGAUGAUAUAGUGUUGGUGCACUCAUUUUCAAGAACUGUUUUCACAUUAUUAAAUCACGCAGUUGAGAAGAAAGUUAGAUUUAGAGUUGUUUGUACGGAAGCUAGACCAACUUUUCAAGGUAAAAUGAUGGCCAAAUUAUUAAGAGAAAAAGGUGUCCCAGUCACUUUAAUUGUGGAUUCAGCAGUAGGAUAUGUGAUACACAAAGUUGAUAAAGUUUUAGUAGGUGCAGAAGGUGUUGCAGAAAGUGGUGGUAUUAUAAAUCAUGUUGGAACUUAUCAAAUUGGUGUUUUGGCUAAAAGUGCAAAUAAACCAUUCUAUGUUGUUUCAGAAAGUCAUAAAUUCGUUAGAAUGUUUCCAUUAGCACCUGAUGAUAUCCCAACAGAUCAAAAUGCCCUAAAUUUCACUACAAAGGAUGAAGAUAUUGGAUCUUCUCCUCAAAUUGAUUUCACACCUCACGAAUUUAUUACUGCCUUGAUCACAGAUUUAGGAGUAUUGACACCGAGUGCAGUCUCAGAAGAGUUGAUCAAGAUGUGGUAUGAUUAG